AUGAAGAAGGGAAAGAAGACGAAGCUGAGGAUGGCCGAUUUUCUGAAAACGCCGUCGCCGGUGGCUUCUCCGACGAACGAUUCUCCAAAAUCGGCGAUUUUCAGCAGGCCAACAGCUACUACUUCCAAGGCCGCAGCUAAGAGAGCUGCCAUCGAUCUCACCGGCGCUUCUCCGCCUCUCAGCCACAGGCCUCUGAGCAGCAUCGCCGACCUCAAGGCCAUGGCGUCCGCAGGCGUGGACGAUCUCCGGCGCCAAAGCGAUCGUUCUCACUCCGAGAUCCUCAAGGAUCUUGAAGCUUCUCAUUCGCGUCUGCACAAGCGCUUGAAGAUGCAGACUCAAGCAUGCCACCAAGUGAUGGAUGAAGCAGAAAAGGAGUACAAGAAGUUAUCCGAACGGAUCACUGAAAGCCGUGAGGCAAUGAAGGCAUCUUAUGAUGAGUUCAUGGCAGAGGCACAGGCCAGCGCAUCUCGUGCAUGCAAAACUUCAAUCACUGAGCUUUCGCAGUCGUUUGAGAAGGCUAUUGACUCUCUUCGAAAUCGUUAUGGGAUUUCGUCAAAUUAACAGUCAUUUUAUAGAUUCUGAGUUCUCUAAGGAGAGGAACAUAAAGCAGCAGUCUGGAUUAUGGUGGCGGCUAGAAGGAUACGCCUUGGUUUUAAUUUUUCUAGCUUUUCUUUUUGUCAGGCUCACUACUCCUUACUCCUUUGGGCUUAGUCUGUUUUUUUUUUUUUUCCACGG